CUCCCGGCGACGACACAAUCAUCCGACCCUGCUUCGUGACGACGAUAGACGCCUAUCCACGCGCCUCUUCUUGCCACCACCUGCCAACGUUCGUCGCCCCAGUUCCACCCCCCGCCUUCAUCGAUGUUUCAACGACGCUCUCAGGCCCAGCAGGCGGGUGGUCGAAACCUCCUGCAGCGUUGCCGGCCGGGUGCCUUUCCGAGCGCUUUGCUAUCAAUUCUUGGCUGGGGCGUCUGGGUCCGGCUGUACGUACGCGCCCAAGAUUCAUCCGGGGCCACAUGGGAUGCCGAUAAUGCGCUCGGCGCGUCGGCGACUCGGCGGACAGCCAUCAGCGGCGCCCCUCACAACACCUGGCGUAGCAUCAGACAGCGUCCCCGUCCGCCCGCGUGCACGCCCUCUCCUAUCAGGGGCCUGUGGCAUCUCCUGCGCCUUUAUCUUUAUCGCCAGCGGAGACCGCGUCUCUCGAACGUACGCACUCGCACUUAUCGCCGCGCGGUCCUGCAGGGAGUCAGGGACUGUGUACAUAAGUAGCGGCUCGGCGACGCGGUGAUGGGAAUGGGAGAUGGGGUAUAAGAUGCGAGGGAGCGUGAUGCGUGCACGCCGAGCUCGUGCCCAGGACCUUCCUCCAGAACUUCCAGCUCGCUACGCGCGGAGGCAACCUCGCGUCGCCCUCUGCUCGCCUUCCAGCGGAACCAUCUCCUCUCCGGCGGAGUCCGAGCGUUGCAUACCCGUUAGCUUAGGCACGCAAGAAAGGCACGUCCUGCGGUCUGCCACGCCGCGAACGGUAACACGAAGAAGAUGAAGGCGUCAUCAAUAUUCUGGAAUUGGUUGUCUGCGACGCUCGUCGCGCUCGUGUCCGCAUCGAGCUCGCGCGCGUCGCCGCCGGAGCGCGGCGCGUUCCACUAUGCGGCCCACCUCGGGAACCUGUCGCCCUACCAGAAGGCCCCGGUGCCCGGUGGGAUCAGGGAGGCGCUCCCGGACGACUGCGAGGUCGAGCAGAUCAUGCUUAUGCACAGGCACGGCUCGCGGUACCCCCUCGCGUCCGAGCUCGUGUUCGUCACCGAGCUCGUGGCGAAGCUCGGGAACUCGUCCGCCGCACUCAAGAAAGCGCGCCUGCCCGCGAAUUUGGAAUUCCUCAAAGACGGCUACACGUCGACGCUGGGCCACGACGACCUCACCGCGCCCGGACGACUGCAGCUCUUUGAGCACGGUGUCAAUUUCCGCCUGAAGUACCCCAAGUUGCAGGCAGACUCCAUCCUCGCGGGCAACCAGGACCGCGUCGUGGAGUCGGCACAGUGGUUCGCGCAAGGCUACUUUGGCAGGAGCUGGGCGACGCUCAACGGCACCGAAUUUUCGACCAUCGCCGAGGACUCGGUCACGCCAUCGUGGAUCACGCCCAUGAACACAUGCAAAAAAUGGCAGUACGCCUAUGGCAACAACGCCACCGUCGAGUGGGGCUCGAUCUACUUGCCCCCGAUCGCGAAGCGUCUGAACAAGCUGCUUCCCGGCGUAAACCUGACGACCGAUAACGUACACGGGGCGCUCUACGCGUGCGCGUACGACCUCGCGGCCCUCGGCACCUCCCCCUGGUGCGGCGCGUUCACGCAGAGCGAGAUCGAGGACUUCGAGUACGAGCUCGACCUCCUCAUGGACGGCGCCUUCGGGUGGAACCUGCCCUCGCCCAUGGGCGAGGUGCUCGGCGGCCUGCUCGUGCGGAAGGUCGUCGAGCGCUUCACGAACGCCUCCGGCGCCGCGAAGCCGGCCUACCUCGAGUUCGGGCACGACACGACGAUCGACCUCGCGCUCACCGCGCUCGGGCUCGCGAAGGACACCCCGCCGCUCUCCGCGCAGGGCCCGGUGCGGCGCGCGCGCAAGUUCCGGACGUCGACCCAGGUGCCGUUCGCCGCGCAGAUGGUGUGGGAAAAGUUCUCGUGCUCGGCGUCGUUCGGGGGCGCCCCGCAGGUGCGCCUGGUGCUCAACGACGCGCCGUUCCCGCUGUCGACGUGUGCGCGGAUGGACGCGCGCUACGGGACGUGCUCGCUCGCGGACUUUGUCGCGUCGAACGCGGCGAGCGCGCAGCACUCGUGGGGCGACGCGCGGUGGAACGCGACCUGUGGGAACUAGGGCGGCGUUCCCCGUUCUGAGAGUACAUUGUUCGCGUAUCUCGCUCCCGAGCACAUAAAUCUAUCAUCUGCCGAUCGGAUAGACUCGUUCAGCGCGUGGUGCGCUGGCUGCUGCGUGGCUGUUCAGGAGGCCAAGCAUGCGGCAUGUUUGCAUUAGCGUCCUCGGGGCUCAGCACCGUCUUGGGCUUGCGACGCGCAAGUGUAAGGCUGCCUUUGGCAAGGGAGGCUGCCUGUCUCUGCUGUCCAUCCUAUCUGCGCGCGCGGCCAAGCUCGGUGCACGACCAGGGCCUCCAGUGGUUGCAUUCGUGCAAAUCUCAAUAGUGUUCUGACAUGGAUACGUCUUGAGAAGCGGACCGUGCAUGCGCGCGCUUCAUCAUCUUGACUUGGUUGACGCAAGAGAGAUGUGGCACUGGCACUCUGUAGUCCUGUCAGGCGUAGUGAACGUCUCGAGAUACAUCAAGGAGUGCUAUGUGAGAUAUUCUCACUGGUGGUGACUCGCUGCGCCUUCCUCCGGGUUGCGCUCCACGACCACCGCACGGAUGUAUGUAUCUGCCCAAAAUGGUGCCGUUCAAACCACCGAGCCCAACACGCCUUGGUCUGCAGAGGAGCUCCUCGAUGUGCCACACGGGCACGCCCACGCUUGCGAGCGCGCCGGUCUGCGCGACAGCUAAGCAAGUCGCUGUCCUGCGG